CUCCGAGGGCCUCGUCGCUCCUCCUGCGUGUUACUAGGUCUCCAAGGGAACAACCUUGUACACGGGCGCUUUCUUAUCUUUAUUGUUAUCAUUGACUAGUCUGGAACUGGUGGAAGGGGAGGAAUAAUUCUAUGGGCAAGAGAUGGGAUAAAGGGCCUCCCCGGUGGCUCAAGGGGUUAAGCAUCGUACUAUGAAGCAAUCCGCAGCCUCUGCAGCACGAGUUCAAUCCCCGGCCAGCCAGGGAGAAACCCACAUGGCACAGCAGACCUCUCCUGACUCGCUUGCUGCUCCCCUCAGCUGUGUACUUCAGUCAAUCUGCUUGUUCUCUUCCCCACUGUCUCUGGUGGAUCCUCUCACUCUCCCCCAGCCCCCCGCAUCUCUGGCCUGUACUCCAGCUCUUCUAUGCAUAAAUAAAUAAUUUUUUUUUUUUUUAAGGGAUAAAACAAGUUUUGGGGGAAGCUGACACUCUAGUAUCGAUUUUUCCUACUCAACUACAAGACAGAGUCAAGGGGGAACUACAUCUCCCUGCAUGCAACGCGGCUCGUAUAAAACCACAAAUCCCAGCAUCCCACGUCCCCAGCUCCUCAGAGCAGGUACUGGAGAGUCUGCGCAUUACUGCUCUGGAGUCGUUUCCGUAAGCCGCGCGCGAGCCGUGACUGUGACUGGAAAAUAGAAGCUAUUUUAUGAAUAGUUUCCAAAAGGCAAGAGAUGGCUGUGGUACAAACAAGCCGUUGGGUUCUCAAAGGACGUGAUAAGAGAAAUUAAGUCACCACCGGCAGAGAAAAACGGGAGUCUGACAUUUGAGGCUGCUUCUUCCCAAACUGCGCUUCGGUGGUUUUUUCCGGCCUCGUUGAACCUCUUCAGCUUCCGUAGGCGGUGGGUCGACAGCGCCCAUCAAAAUGGAAGUGAAUCCCCCAAAACAGGAGCACCUGCUGGCUCUGAAAGUGAUGCGUUUGACUAAGCCUACUUUAUUCACCAAUAUUCCAGUAACAUGUGAGGAGAAAGAUUUACCUGGAGAUCUCUUUAAUCAGCUCAUGAGAGAUGAUCCUUCAACUGUAAAUGGUGCUGAAAUUUUAAUGUUGGGAGAAAUGUUGACUUUACCACAAAAUUUUGGGAAUAUAUUUUUGGGAGAAACUUUUUCCAGUUACAUCAGCGUUCAUAACGACAGCAAUCAAGUGGUAAAAGAUAUACUGGUAAAAGCACCGUGUUAUAGUGGUGAGCAAGAGAAGACAAGAGGUUCCUGCCUCCAUAGACCUUACAUUUCUGGUAGGGGAGACAGAAAGAAACAGGCUGAUCUUCAGACAAGUUCUCAACGUUUAAAUCUUUCAGCCUCCAAUGCUGCAGUAGCUGAACUGAAGCCUGAUUGUUGUAUUGAUGACGUCAUACACCAUGAAGUUAAAGAAAUUGGAACACACAUCUUGGUGUGUGCAGUGAGUUAUACAACUCAGGGAGGAGAAAAAAUGUACUUUAGAAAAUUCUUCAAAUUUCAGGUUCUCAAACCAUUGGAUGUGAAAACCAAAUUUUACAAUGCAGAGAGUGACCUCAGUUCUGUGACUGAUGAAGUAUUUCUGGAAGCCCAGAUUCAAAAUAUUACAACUUCACCCAUGUUUAUGGAGAAAGUUUCAUUGGAACCAUCUAUAAUGUACAAUGUUGCAGAAUUAAAUUCAGUCAACCAAGAUGGAGAAUGUGUAACAACGUUUGGAUCAAGAGCAUAUUUGCAGCCAAUGGAUACACGACAGUAUUUGUACUGCCUAAAGCCCAAGAAGGAGUUUGCAGAAAAAGCAGGCAUUAUUAAGGGAGUAACAGUAAUUGGAAAGUUGGACAUAGUGUGGAAAACAAAUCUAGGGGAAAGGGGAAGAUUACAGACCAGCCAACUUCAAAGAAUGGCUCCAGGUUAUGGAGAUGUUAGGUUAUCUCUGGAGGCAAUCCCAGAUACUGUAAACCUAGAAGAACCUUUUCAUAUUACCUGUAAAAUAACAAAUUGCAGCAGUGAAAGGACCAUGGAUCUGGUUUUGGAAAUGUGCAAUACCAAUUCUAUCCACUGGUGUGGCAUUUCAGGAAGACAGCUUGGGAAACUACAUCCAAGUUCCUCUCUCUGCCUUGCCCUUACUCUGUUGUCUUCAGUGCAGGGACUGCAGAGCGUCUCUGGCUUAAGACUGACAGACACAUUCUUAAAGAGAACAUAUGAGUAUGAUGACAUCGCACAAGUCUGUGUGGUAUCUUCGGCCAUUAAAGUGGAAAGCUGAAGAAAAUUCCCAGUAGUAUGCUUUUCAUUGAGUUUCACAGGAAUUUCUGAUUUGUCACCUUUGUAAAAUUGAUACACUAACAGCAAAAAAUAAGUGUAUAUUUACUUAAAUUUCUUUCCUGUAAAAGUUAAAAUUUCAGUUUUGUAAAGAA